CGGAAUUCUUUGUCGCUUCCCCUUCUCCGGUGAAAUCCUUCGCCUUUACGUUUACGGUGAUAACGAUCCCCCUCCCUUGGUCAGUUGAGGAGUUUAGAUUUCGUCAGGACCCAUCAGAUUUGGGCAACUGAUGCUCUUUUUGUUUAGUCCCAUUUGGUUGAUUCGUUCGUGACUGGAAAACUCAUUUCAAGUUAGUUUUUUAUGGAAACUCUAGAAAACAUAGCUUUAGAGAUUUUUCUCCUUAUCCUUUACGUGCACAAGAUUGGAAUUUAAGAGUAAUUGUUUGGUUUUGUUUAGGUGGCAUGUAAAGUUCCCUUUUUGAUUUCGAGUUUUCCCAUUUGGCCCUCUAAUCAUGGAAAGGAAUAUUGAUAUGUAUUAGAAUUAGAUUUCUUGUUAUUGACGCUUUCACUUCAUCUGGAUUGAGGAGACUCUCUUCGCUUUGCGUGCAGCGAGGUAGUAUUCGAUAUGUAAAUUCGUUGAUUCCUGUUCGUUAAUGAAAUAUAGUGAUAUUUAUAUACUCCUUUUGAAGCAUGUUGGCUGUGGUGUAAACCAUCUUCCAUUGGACGAAUCUUCGUUUAUUGCUAGUAAUGUUUUUUGGGUGCAGUGUUGGUUGGUUUAUGAUUUUGCUAUUAUGAACUGGUGCAGCAUCUUGAGCUAUGCUGCACUUGUGCAUGUGCACAGUUAAACAGACUUUUAGUAUAGCUCCUCUGCAAAAGAAAAUUUUUAGUAUGUCAAGUUUUGUGGGGAUUUGCUCGCAUUAUCUAUCCGUUCUUUUCCAUUCAUUGUGUUAGGAUUGCUUCUACUAUGUCUUGUCAACAGCAGUGCUAUGCCUAAUGUAAUGCAUGCUUUUGUUAUAGUCAUUCCUGUUGUUGGAUAAUUUUCCUAUGCUUUUCUUGGAGUCAGAAUUGUUAGUUGAUUCUGAGAUGAUAAUCUUAUAAACAUAUCACCACACGUACUAUAUGUUUAGUAGCCUACACCAUAUACAUUCGUCUAAUUCUGAUACUUCUUGUUAGGGAAGUAUUUCAUGUUUCCAUGAAGAUUCCGAAAUGAAGGAUAAAGACAAUUUGUGGAUGGAAAGAAACGGUAGUUAUGGACUAUAUCUUCAUCAUUACCUCUUCUACCAACCACCUCAGUAGAGAACUUCCCUGAGCCUCACAACAGGUCUCAGUUGAGGCCGUUAAAAAACAAUCUGCUGUCUCCUCAACAUAGAUCAUUUGUUUCUGAUAGUGGGAUCGUUGGAUCUUUGCAUUCAUCCUCUUGCAGGCUUUCUUCAGAAUAUCAUGGAUCUUCUUUGUCACUUCAAAUGAGGCAUCCUCCAGUUGCUACACAAUCACCAAAAGUUGGUCUCUAUGCAUUCAUCUAAAUUUUUAUAUACAGGAACACUUCAACCUAUGAUGACUAAUUUUUUCGAGAGAGACUACCAAAAUAAAUUUGUCUCCAGAUACACUUCAUGAUACUCUUGAUUAUCCAGACAAUAAUUUUUCUUUGAGCAAUCAAAUAUUAGGAAAUUCCACCAUGGUCUCUAAUGAUCCUAGUAAGCAAAAGGAGUGGUGGGCAGAUAUAAUAGAUGAAGAUUGCAGGGAAACUGCUGUUGAAUCUCAGCCAAAGUUGUUGUAUAGGUUGUACACCCAACAUCAUCCCAAUCGUCAUCUAGUUUAUCAGUGCACCAGCCACCAAUCCAUCAUUCUGUUCCAUCCAAUUCAGGAGAGAUUUGUGCUGUCACUAGUGCAGCCAAGCCACGCAUGCGCUGGAAUCCUGAGCUCCAUGAAUGCUUUGUAAAUGCUGUCAAUCAGCUUGGUGGUAGUGAAAAAGCCACUCCGAAAGGUGUACUAAAGCUCAUGAAAGUUGAAGGCUUGACAAUAUACCAUGUGAAGAGCCACCUGCAGAAAUAUAGAACAACUCGGUACAGGCCAGACUCAUCAGAGGGGCCAUCCAACAAGAAGACUACUUUGAAAGAAGAAUUGCCUUCUCUAGACCUCAAGACUGGAACACUAUGGUGUCAAGACACUGAACAACUCAAAGUCAGAACUUGGAAAAGUUUUGAUCUCACUGAAGCUCUCCGGCUCCAGGUGGUUGUCCAAAAACAGCUUCAUGAGCAACUUGAGAUUCAGAGAAAUCUGCAGCAGAGAAUUGAAGAGCAAGGAAGAUUUCUUCAGAUGAUUCUUGAGAAGCAAUGCAAGUCGAACAUUGACAAACUCCAGAUUACUUCUACUGUGGAAGGACUAUCAACCACAACCUCUGAUAUAAUGCAUUCAAUUGACACGUUUGAACUCCCAAAGAAUGAUCGACACAUUGCUGGAAGUAGCAACGGCAGUGCAGACACAAAAGAGGGCUCAUGGCAAGUCGGUAUCAGGCAUAAGAUACCUGAAGCUGAACCUUCAGCCGAGAAAGAAGCAGAUUCUGUUGAUGGCUCCCAUUCUUCAGCCUGCAAGCCUGCAAAAGGCCAGGUUGGGGAGACAAAAACACCACCAUGAGUUCGUGACUAAUUAUUGUAAGAUCUUUCAUAUGGCUUUGUUGAGUAUCAUUAAUCAUCAGAUGAUCAUUAACCAUUGUACUGUCCUGAAUUAUGUUAGUAUUGUGUUUAGGGUCAGAUAACUUAAGUCUAGGGAAGCGAGUAUCAUCAAUCAUCACUGUUGUUCAUACUCAUUGUACUGUCCUGGAUCAUGCAAGUAUAGUAUUCUGGAGCACAA